AUCUGAAAGUAGAUCAUCAUGGCGAGCCCAAGGAGACACACAGAUGACUGGGUUCUGCAACCUUUCUCCAAUAAGCCACCGAAGAGUCAACCACAUGUACUCUCUCCCUGUCUAUGGACCCUUCUCCUCUUCUUGCUCAUGGGGCAAGGAGCCUCUGAAAAGGACUCAGCCUCAACAGUGGUGAAAGGCAUUCUAGGGGAUUCAGUGAUUCUCUCCCUGAACAUUUCAGUGGAUGCAGAAGUUGAGCACAUCACCUGGAGUGGUCCCAAAGAUGCUAUUGCUGUAGCAUUCCCAAGUGGAAAGAUUUUGUUGUUAGACAAAAGCUACCAAGGGCGAAUAGACAUCCCAGAAAACAACUCUUUGUCUAUUAACAAGCUGACUCUGAAAGAUGCUGGUUCAUACAAAGCCCGGAUAAACCAAAAGGGAUCUGAAGACAUCAAUGAGAGAUUCAUCUUAUAUAUCUAUGAACAGCUGCAGGAGCCCCAAGUCACCAUACAGUCUGUGAACGUGUCUGAGAAUGCCUCCUGUACCAUCACCCUGGUAUGCUCUGUGGAGGGGGCAGGGGGAGAUGUUCAAUACAAAUGGACUUCGAGGGACCCUAGUGCUUCUGAAUCCUGGGGGGACCCUACUCUCAUCGUCUCCUGGUUGCCCUGUGAUGCAGACCUACCAUACACCUGCACAGCCAAGAACCCGGUCAGCCAGAGCAGCUCCUACCCUGUCCAUGUCUCGCAGUUCUGCACAGAUCUAGGAGCCUCCCGAGGAGGAUCAAUGGGGGAGACGGUGCUAGGGGUCCUGGGGGAGUCCAUCACCCUGUCCCUGGCACUCCUGGACAGUCAGCACAUAGACAAUGUUGUCUGGAUGUUUAACACGUCUAUUAUCAGCAAAGAGUGGAGAGAAGAAGGAAUAGCCAAUCAACUCAUUGAGUUCAAGAAUCCGGAUCAGAACACAGUGUGGGUCUCAAGCCAAGACUACUCUCUAAAGAUUAUCCAGCUGAAGAUGGAGCAUGCUGGCCUCUACCGUGCCUACAUGUGCUCAAAUGCCAGAAUUGCCAGCGUGAAGCACAUCAAUCUGCGCAUCUACCGACCUGAGAGAAGCACAGAGUUUUGGAUCGGGCUCUCCCUGGUGGUUCUUAUCAUCCUUCUGGGCUUUGGGAUCUCUGGCUGGUGCUUUUGGAAGCAAAAAAGACAAUGUUCAGCCGCAGCUUUCAGUUCCAGUCAAGCUGAGACGUCAGUUGACACACCAGAGCCCACACCAUACUUUGCGCUUUCCCAAAAGUGUGCGAAGCUGGACACUUUCCUUAAGACUGCCAGGCAUGCCUCCGACAGCAGCUCUGACAGCAAUGGAACAACUGAGGAGGAUGAGGAGAGGACAGGGAUGCACCAGCCCAUCAAUGGAAGAGACCAGGUGUGUGACUCGGUCACUCGGGAGGACGCCGGACUUGACUCGGACUCUGAGGACCAAGCAGAGUGUGAUCUCGUCACUCCAGAUAACAUGGCACCAGCCCUUGUGGUUGAAGGGGAAACAGUGUACACACAAGUGUUCCUUAACUUGCAGGGAAAGACUCCAGUUCCUCAGAAGAAAGAGAAUUCAGCCACAGUCUACUGCUCUAUACAGAAACCUCAGAAGGUUGUGCCACCACCACAACAGAAUGACCUUGAGUCUCCUGAAAUACCUACCUAUGAAAAUGUCCCCUGAAAAGAAAAGCAGCUACCUCCCUCAGUGAGGUUGGAGAGGCUGCUAGACCUAAUAAGGCCCGGGUCCCUACAGACAGAAGAACUUCAGAAUUUCCUUCAUUGUCCCAGAUACGCCUGGAUUUGGGCCUCCUCUUUUUCUCACACCUCAUGACUUCCCAAAUCCAUCAACAGAUCAGACAGCCUCUGGGCUCCGUUCGUCUCCUUCUAUGCUCAUAUUGUACAACCUCUCAGCUCAGAUGCAUGCCUCAAAACUCUUCCAAGGCUUGUCAUGUCGUCAAAGAGGACCAGGAUCUCCACGUGGUCCUAUAAACAGCUGCUAAGAUAAAUCUAACAGAUAAUCUCUCUUAUGAACUCAAAGAUCUAGGUGAAAUCAUGACCACUGUAGUAUUUUUUUAAAUAAAAGAAUAGAAAUAACCUAAGGGUCCAUUUAGUAGGAAUCUGAUUAAACACAUGAAAGUGUAUCCAAGCAAUGGCAAGGCCUGCCACUUUUUUAAAGAAGGAAAGUAGAGACUAACAUGUGUUAAUAAGAAGGAGCUCUAAGAUACGUCAUUUGAUGGACAGAACAAAGUCCUAGAAAGUGUGUAUCAUAUGUCACCAGUUGAAUAAAAAAGAAAUAGAUA